AAAGCAGUGCACCGAUGAGUCACAAAACCUAACAACAGAGAGAGAGAGAGAGAGAGAGAAAGCAGGGGAGAAGAAGGCAGAAGGCCACUCAACUCAGUCACUCGAACCUUCACCCAACUCAACGCAACUCACCCAGCAUUUUCCUUCCCACCCCCCUUCCCCCAUUUCCCUUUCUCUCAAGCAAAGUGAAAUUUUUCCUCCCGGAGAGAAAAAAGAAUCAUACGAUAAAGCAGCAGGAGGAGAAGAAUCACAAUCUAAUCUACAGAUAUUAGAUCCGCAUCAGUAGCCUACCUAGCUAGUUUAGCUCUGCAGUUAGUUGUGCUUUAUUUCCCCCGUUCUUCUCAAGCUACUAUUUUUCUUCUCCCCAUUUCUCAAUCGAUAACCAUCAUCAGAACCCACAUUUUGUCUAUCGCACUCUCUUCAGCUCCUAGAGGGAGUUAGGAAAUUAGGCUCUGUUUCCGCUGUGGGAUUAAAAUAGCUCACAAGUUCUUCUGGAGUUGCUGUGAGCUUGCGAUGGAGAUGAAGUAAAUGUCUCACUAUUGCAUGUCGUCAAAGAUGUCAGAGGAGUUCCUUGUUGAUGGUGAUGAGUUUAGAGAGAGAAGAUCCGAUUUUGAUAACUCUGAGGAUGAGAGGAGGCGAUCCAAGAUUGGGAAUCUCAGGAAAAAAGCCAUCAAUGCUUCAAACAAGUUCACUCAUUCAUUGAAGAAGAGAGGGAAGAGGAAGAUUGACUACAGGGUUUGUUCAGUCCCCAUUGAAGAUGUGAGGGAUGAAGAGGAAGAGAGAGUUGUGGACGAAUUCAGGCGAAAGCUGCUGGAGAGAGAGCUGUUGCCUCCAAAGCAUGAUGACUAUCAUACUAUGUUAAGAUUCUUGAAAGCUAGAGACUUCAACAUUGAAAAGACGAUCCAGAUGUGGGAAGAAAUGCUUGACUGGAGAAGAGAGUAUGGAACUGAUUCCAUAUUGGAGGAUUUUGAGUUUGAAGAGUUGGAAGAAGUGGUACAGUAUUACCCUCAGGGGUACCACGGAGUGGAUAAGGAAGGUCGUCCUGUUUACAUAGAGAGGCUUGGGAAAGCUCAUCCAAGUAAACUGAUGCGUAUCACCUCGAUAGAUCGUUAUUUGAAGUACCAUGUCCAGGAGUUCGAGAGGGCUUUGUGUGAGAAGUUCCCUGCUUGUUCGAUUGCUGCAAAGAGAAAGAUAUGGUCAAGUACCACAAUAUUGGAUGUCCAAGGAUUGGGCAUGAAGAAUUUUUCUAGGACUGCUGCAAGUCUUUUGGCAGCUAUGGCAAGGAUAGAUAAUAGUUACUAUCCAGAGACCCUGCACCGGAUGUACAUAGUUAAUGCUGGUCCGGGGUUUAAAAAGAUGCUUUGGCCUGCUGCACAAAAGUUUCUAGAUGCAAAGACUAUUGCGAAGAUACAGGUUCUGGACCCCAGAUCUUUGCACAAGCUAUUAGAAGUCAUUGAUUCCAGUCAAUUGCCAGACUUCUUGGGUGGCUCUUGUACUUGCGCAGAAGGAGGUUGCCUCAGAUCCAACAAAGGCCCAUGGAAUGAUCCUGAAGUGAUGAAGCAUGUAAAUAAUGAAGCAGCAACAUAUUUGAGGCAACUGACCCGAGUCUCGACCGAUCGGAAGAACUCAUACAUGACUCACCCUGAGAAGGUUGACCCAGGGCUGGAUUAUAUUGAUCUUUCCCCUACUGAAAUCAACACAUGGACGACGAUUCCAAGUUUGGCCUCAGUUCGUGGUGAAGUAAGAGUAUCUGAUGCAAAUGGAUACUACAGCUGUGAUGACAACCCCGUUCUGGAUGAAGAGGGACUAUGCAAAGAACGUCUGCUUAAGGUCCACAACAUGAAGAUCCUUUCUUCUGAGGCAACACACUGUUUUCAAGGGGCAGUUUGUUGGCUCAACAUUGCAGGAGAGAAGCUUGGGAAAGGGAAACUCAUGCAUGCAACAAGAGCAUUAGUAUUCUUGCUAGCCAAGAUAAUUGCAAUUUUCCGCCGCCUACCAUUCGAGUAUUGGAGAAAGCACAACAACAUUCACCCAUCAACUCCUGUGGAAAUAGGAUGUACUAGUAGUACCCCUAAUGAUGGUGAUCUAAAGGUUGUUGAACCUGAGCUGCCAAAGAAAGAGGACUAUGUUAGCCCGUGCAUGGAGCGCCUGCAGAGACUAGAGAAGCUAGUUGUGGAACUGAGCAACAAGCCACCUCAGAUUCCAAAAGAAAAAGAACAAGUCCUGGUUCAAUCUCUGGACAGAAUCAAAUCCGUGGAGCUUGACCUCCACAAAACAAAGAAGGUUCUGCAUUCUGCAGUGGUGAGGCAGGUGGAGAUUGCACGGUUGGUCGACAGUUUGAGGGAGUCUAAAUACCGUGUAAGUCCAGGGAUAAAGGGAACUUCUUCAUUUCUUUGCUUGAAGAAGAAGCUUCUUCUGUUAGAGUCAACAGAAAUCACUUAUUACAGGAGGCGCCAUGGGCUGGCAGCAGCAGCAGCAGCAGCUGGCAAGAUGAAUGGAGAGAGAUUGGUUGUUACUGAUACAAAAAGGAUCUAUGGGGAAGAGGCAAGAAACAAAACUUAAAGUAACAGUAGUUUUGUGAGAAGCAUUGCACAGGGAAGGAAACAGAUCUGCCACAUCUAUUUCCGAGAGAACUUUUAGGCACACACUGGUUUACUGCUUUUCCUUCUGUUUCUCCUCCCCCUUUUUUGACUAACCAGGGGAGGUAGAACUUAGAAGUUUAGGCAGGCGGGUUCCAUAUUAGCAAAUAAUAUGUAAAGAAGAACUGGUGGGGGAGAGUGGUGAGAAGAGAAAGAACACAUGGUGAAAUGGUGAUAUAAGAACAAAAGGAAUGAAGAAAGUAGUUGAGAUACCAUGAGAUGCUUCUUUCCAUAGCUAGAGACUCUACCGAGUUAACCAAAAUCAUUGAUGUAUAAUUCGAUGUGAUUUCAUUGCUAAAUUUAAAGACUUCACUCAAUUGGUUCUCUUAAGCACAACAAAAGACAGUCAGAAUCACAA